GACAUCGUCGCGGUUGCGUAGAAGAAGCGAUCUUCUCUCUGUCCUCUCCUCCUUCCUUCUCCGAGAAGCUCGCAAUCAUCAAACUUCUGGCGAUUCCUUAAUCACGCUUACCUUAGUGACGAUCUGAGAUAUCUAAGUCUACUCGUCAAGCUCUGAAAAUUCGGCAGAGUUUUGUAGAAUCUCAUUGAUUCACAAUGGAGCGUAUAGUACAUGAGAGCACAAACGAACGUGCGGAUCAAUCGAAAGAGACACAAACGUCACUUAUAACCGGAGUCCCUGACGAUAUCUCGAAUCUCUUCUUAGCUAGAGUUCCAAGAUCACACCACAUGGCGAUGAAAUGCGUUUCCAGGAGAUGGAGAGAUUUCAUCUCCAGCGACGACUUCUGCGACUAUCGCAACAAGUCUAACUUAUCGGAGUCUUGGAUCUACGCCUUGUGCCGCCACAACACAUCUGGCCGUGUCUUCUUACACGUGCUGAAUCCUUCUAGAAGAUCAUGGAGAAGAGUCCAUGAGAUUCCUCCACAUAUCAGUUUUAGAGCCGGUAUGGGUUUUGCAGUGUUGGGUAAGAGGAUGUUUGUGUUGGGUGGGUGUGGUUGGGUUGAAGAUGCUAGUGAUGAUGUUUAUUGCUAUGAUGCUGCUAUGAACACUUGGCUUCACUUACAACCUUCUCUUUCGACUAAAAGCAGAUGCUUCUUUGCUUGUGAGACGCUGGAUGGGAAGAUUAUGGCGAUUGGUGGGUUAGGAGUGAAUUCGAAAGCUCCACAGACUUGGGACAUCUAUGAUCCUGUAACGAAAGCUUGUGUAUCCUGCUCAGACGCGAAUAUUGUCCGUGAUAUUGAAGAUUCAUUUGUAAUGGACGGGAAGGUUUAUAUACGUGGUGGUGCUGGAGCUGCAGUCUAUGAUGGAUUGAGCGGAGUUUGGAAGCGCGUGGACGAUGAUUUGGCAUCAGGGUGGCUAGGUCCAGCAGUUGUUGUAGGAGAUGAUCUCUAUGUUUUGGAUCAGAGUUUUGGAGCUACGCUAACAAUGUGGUGCAAGGAAACGAGGGUGUGGAUUCGUAUCGGGAAGCUAUCUCAGUUGGUGAUGACGCAGCAAUGUCGGCUUGUUGCUAUUGGAAGUAGUAUAUUUGUGAUUGGUAAGGAUUGCUCUUCUGUGGUGAUUGAUGUUGAGAAUGUGAGGAAGAAGACGGUGAAUGGAGUAAUGGUGUGUUCUUCUAUACCCAAGACUUGGGAUGAUACCAUUGAUGUUAUUUGCUGUAAAUCUAUAGCUAUAUAAUGUUUAACACUGUACUUUUGAUCCUUGCAAACUGUUUAUCUUGCUCAUGUAAAAUCACAAGCCUGUGUGAAUCAGGUGAUUCGAAUUACAAAUCCAAAUCACAAAAGCCUUGGUUGUUGAUU